GUUAGUGAGGAAUUUCAUCAGUUACUGCGGUCUGCUCCUAAUUUUUUUCGUUGAAAGUGAUAAAUUCUACAGGUUCCUGGAUAUGGUAGCCCAUUUUGCAGCAGUUGCGUUCACAGGGUUCAUGAUUUAUGUUGCAUGGCCUGGGAGUAGUCUUUUUUCAUGGCAUCCAACUUUGAUGGCUGUAGCUAUGGGGUUGCUGAUGUUUGAAGCAAUAACUGUCUUCUCCCCCAGUAGUUCUCUUAUCAUAUCCUGGCAACGCCCAACUAAAGCCAAUAUCCAUGGCUACAUGAUGGCUGCUUCAUUGUUUGCUGCCAUUGCUGGAUUUCUUGUCAUAUACUACAAUAAACAGUUAAACAACAAAGAGCAUUUCACCACCUGGCAUGGCACCAUGGGAUUUAUAACACUGCUUUGGGCAUGUGUGCAGACUUUAGGAGGACUAUUGUUGAAGUAUAACUGGUUAAUAAAAUCCUGGAAAAUUCGACUGGUGGACAUGAAACUUUAUCACGCCACUUCUGGCCUAUGUGCUUUUACUUUAGUUUCGGUGACCUUAGUGCUGGCUUUGUUUUCUGACUGGUUUUCUAGUGUUGCUACAGGAACAUCGUGGUGGGGUGUUUUUGCAUUACUUGGUUGUUUAUCACUAACAGUGAUGCAGCAAGUUACCACAGCCUACUUACCUCAGACCCGCAGCAAGCCAAAGCCAAUAACAACCAAGCAAGGGAAACGUAAAGAAAAGAAGGAAAAAUAGGGAAGGUAAAAAUGGGAUCAAAUGUCAUCAUCGUGUUAGAAAUUCUUUUGAAGUCUCUGUAUGUAAAUGGUUCUUAAAAAUAUUAAAUGUAUGUUUGCUGGUUUAUUGAAUUGUGUGUGAUGUGUUUUUAGGUCACCUUAGUCACUCAGGUGACCUAUUGCUAUCUGUUUUUGUCCGUUGUUAUCUGUUGGUUGUAAACUUUUGAAAAUUUUCAGCUUCUUCUCUUGAACCACUGAACCACUGACAUAGAGCAUCAGUUGAUGAAGGGGUACAAAAAUUGUGAAUUUCAUGGUCCAUCCCCCCCCCCCCCUUUCGGGGCCUGAGGAGUUGGCUAAAACCAUCAAAUUUUGUGAUAUAUUUAAAAAUCAUAUUCUUUACUCCUGAACAUCAAUCAGUCAAACUGUUGGCAUGAUUAUGACAAGCAUAAGUCCUCUAACAAAGUUUUGAAAUUCAUGGCCCCAGGGUCAGGGGUUCUGAAGUUAGGGCAGAGCUCUAAUGAUCUUAUAGUGAAAUUGAAUAAAUUCUUUAAAAAUCUUCUCUCCCCAUGUAUCUUUAGAAGAUAUACUAUGUGCAUAGUUAUGAUGAGCAAGGGUACCUUUUCCAAAAUUGUGAAAUUCAUGGUCCCAGGGUCAGGGGUUAUGGAGUUAGGGUGGGGCUCUAGUGAUCAUUUAGUGAAAAUGCACAAAUUCUUUACACUUGUUUUCUCUCCUCUUCUAUAUUUAACAGAUAAACUACGUGCCUGGAAAUGAUAAACAAGGGUGCCUCUUUCAAAAUUGUGAAAUUUGUGGCCCCAGGAAUAGGGGUUCCGGUGUUAGGGCUGGGCUCUAAUGAUAAUAUAAUGAAAAUUCAUAAAUAAUUUUAAAAUUGUCUCCCCCCCCCCCCCCCCAGUAUAUUUAGAAGAUUAACUAGAUGUCUGAUGAUGUUGAGCAAGGGUGCCUUUUCCAAAAGUGUGAAGGGUCAGUGGUUCUGGAGUUAGGGUGGGACUCUAAUGAUCAUAUGGUGAAAAUGUAUAAAUUCUUUGAAAAUCUUCUUCUCUGCUCCAAGGUAUUAAGCAAACAACCAAACUAAGUGCAUAGUUAUGAUUAGCAAAUGUGCCUCUUCAAAAAUUGAGAGAGCAAGAGAGACCAAUGUGAGAGGGAAAGCAAUUGGUAUUCUGAUAGUGCUGAAGCACUUUUGUUUUGUUUAGUCAGAACUGGUGAAAGUGACAAAUGGGGGCUGGUACAGACAACUAAGUAGAUCUGCUUUAACAUUUGUUACUGAGUAAUAGACUUAUUAUUUUGUUGAUCCCCGAUCAUCUUAUUUCUUUUGCUUUUGGGCAACAUAGCUUCAAUCAUCUAUCAGUUUAUAUUUGUUUUAUUUUACAUGGCAGU